AUGGAGGGUUUGCCUCGUAUUUCUGUCGUCAGUCUCCCACUGAAAGUCCCGGGAGAUCCUCCAGAUUUAAGUCCUAUGGCCAAGAGCCUUGAUGUUGGCUUUGAGGAAGCAGCUAUCUUGUUCAAUAUCUCCUCACUCCACACCAUUUUGGGUGCUAAAGAGAGACGCAUUGAUGCUGAUAGCAUGAAAGUGGCCUGUACACAUUUCCAGUGUGCUGCAUGGGCCUUAGAAACGUUCGCAGAACGCCAUUACGCAGCCGAGGCAUCUGGCGAUUUGAACACAGAUCUGAUACGUGCACUUGCCCAACUGAUGACGGUGAGUCUGCCUCUUACUGGUUGA